GCGGUACCAUCAGCAUCAUUCAGUGAUUAGCGAUCAAAGAUGAAGUUCCUUAUCCUGUCUUGCGUCGUUGCCGUUGUGGUAGCUGAGCUGCCUUCACUACCUCGCUUCAGACCGGCGAGGUUCAGAUUCGAAAGGCAAGAGUUAGCUCCAACCACGACGGAUUCACCUACAGAAGCAACAACAGACGCAGCACCAUAUCCAGCAUCAGGUUGGAAGCCUGACCAGCCUUUCACGCUUCCAAAUGAAGCUGCUAACGCUCCUUACCCUGCAGCAGGCUGGAAGCCAGCGCAGCCUUUCACGCUUCCCAACGAGCCGCCGGCGACUAGCUAUGGAGUCCCUGACGCAAGUUACGGAGUACCCGACAAUACCUAUGGUGCACCAACCACCGAAGCCGCGUCUACAGAAAACCCUGAAGCUGAGAAGCUAGAAGGGCCAGUGGAAGUGCAGAAGAGCAUAGGUACUUAUUAUGUGCUGCUGCCAAAUGGGGAACUGCAAGAAGUGAAGUUUGUGACAGAGAAUGAUGUGCAGAACAUGAGAUAUACUGCGAGGUUGCAGCUGCAGAAUAGGGCGCCGCUGUUCGUCUUCAAACCCUAAGUGAUUUUAAAACCAUUAAAUGUAUUAAAGUAAUUAAUAUAUA